AGCCAUGCAGAGCUGCCAGUGAGAGUCUGCACUCAGAAACAGAGCAGAGCUCUCUGCGUUAGCCUACCACACUGUCUCAGAAAGCUGCUUUGAUGGACAGAGAGGCAGAUGGAAAAGAACUAAACGAAGGUUGCAGCACAACUAAGAAUUGCAACUCCUUCUCUGUCUCCAUGGAAACCACUGAACAAUCCGAGCAGCCAAUAGACUGUGAAAUGGAGGUCGCUGUGGCUGAUUCACCUGAACAGGGGAAGGAUUUCAGUACAGAUGAUGAAGUUUGUUUAGAGAGAAACUCAUCAGAUUCCCCAGGGGAAAAGGCGAUACUUGGCACAUUAUUGACUGACCUACAAACUGGAAGAAUUGACACUGACAAAUCUGACUGCUCUGAGACCAACAUUUGCGCUGAAAUGCCUUGUCUAGAUCAAAAGGAAGUUUUGAUAUCAGAAUCCGGGCAUGAAGAACUUAACAGAAAUGAGUCAAUCACUUCAUCUGUGUCUGACACACCAUCCAGUGCUGAUAGUGUUUAUGAGAAUGAGGCCCAUCGUAAGAGAGAGGACACGCCAGAACAAGACCCUGAGCAAGAAGAAGAUCCUGAGCAAGAAAAGGAUCCUGAGCAAGAAAAAGAUCCUGAGCAAGAACAGGUCCCUGAGUUGCAGCAGCAUCCAGAGCAAGACCCCAAACCAGAGCAAUACCAUGAGAAAGUGCUAGACCCUGAACCUGAGCAAUACCCUGAGCCAGAACAAAACCCUAAACCAGAGCAAUACCCUGAGCCUGAGAAAAACCUUGAAGUGGGGAAAUACCUUGAGCAGGAGGACAACCUUGAAGUGGGGCAAUAUUCUGAACCUGAGGACAACCUUGAAGUGGGGCAAUAUUCUGAACCUGAGGAAAACCUUGAAGUGGGGCAAUACCCUGAGCCUGAGCUAGAUCCUGACCUAGAAUCAUACCCCGAGCCAGAGCAAGACCCUGAGCUAGAGUUAUACAGUGAGCCAGAGCCCGAGGCUGAUGAUAAUGACUUUAAACAGAAAGAUUAUUGCUUUAAAAAUCAGCCAGUGAACACGGAAGAAGACCCCGUGGCCCAUGAAAUCCUUUUUGAUCCACCCAUUACAGAGGAGUCAAUAUUGGAGCACUGCAUUAGAGAAGAGGCAAUGUCAGAUAUGUCCAAUGAAUCCUGCCAUGACCUUGACCCUGAUGAAAUUGAUGAAUGCUUGAGAGUUGAAAUUGCAGCGGCUUCCUCUGAUAGUGACACAGAUGACAAAUGGAGAACAAUAUUCUCCUCUUCCAUAAAUAAAGAAGAUGAUGACUCAUAUUUGGACGGUCUUCAGCUGAGUGCCCAGGAGCUCUUUGUGCAAAAAGUUGAUGUGACAGACUUUGAAGAACAAGACAACAUGGAAGAGGCCUGUUUUGAGGAUCCACAAGUGGAAGAAGUUAUUGAACAACCUGAAGAUAUAAUUCCAUUUCCUGCUUCUACACAAGAGGUUAAAUAUAACCCGUUAGGCACACAAAGUCUGUCCAAAAUCUCUGAAGAUGAGAGUGAAAAUGGCAGAGACGCCAAUCACAACCACAACACCCAUCAGCAGCACAUUAAUGCUGAUCAAAACAAGAAGCUACCAAAAGACUUCUGUGUGAUACAGGAGACUAAGAGUGAGAAUGUUAGCACAGAGCACGUGGACUUCCAACUGACACGUAAACAGUGGCGGGAAAUGGAGGAGCACACCAAAAACCAGAUUGUUAUACCUACAACCAAGCAGCCCAGCUUCCAUGGCAGCCACAGCUUCAUGUACACUCCAGUCCGCAACAUUGAAAGAACUCAGAAGAAAACACAUGAUCUUGAGAGCUUGAAUCUGGUUGGGGAUUAUCCUCACACCCAAUUCAGCCCUUGCUCAGAGGACUCUGGCCUGGAUGAUUCCAGUUACAGGUCUACUUACGAUGACCCAGAAACACCAAUUGAAAGGGAGAUUCGUAUAUCAAUGGAGAGGGAGGAAAACUUCAGGAGAGAAAGGGGUCUCUCCAGGAUGGGCAAAUCAACUGAUUGUGCUCCAUCACGAAGUAUGCCCAGAUCCAUUAGCACUCCACUUACACCAUCCUUCAUCAUCACUUCCUCACCUACUAAGGAACCACUGAAACAUGAAGUAUCUGCAAAUAAUGUUAUCAUACUCGACCCCAGCAAUGAUUUUACCCCAAGCCCCAGAUAUGGCAAAGACAAUGUGGUACCUCGGCCUGGUGAGUGGCGUUCUGAGGACAACAGAUCAAACCUCAUCAUCCUAGAGACAACCAAUCUGAUUAUUCGAAGUGCCUCAGACUUCUCUCUCAACAAAGUCUAUGAACAUCCUCAGGAAAAAACUUUCCUGAACAACCCCUUUUUCAAGCUGCGUUCAAGAAGUACAACAUCAUUUGUGGAUGAAGAGAUUAAGUUGGUCAAGCAGAGGGAGGAGGAUCUGAAGAAAGAGAGGUCCGACCUGUAUGGCAAAGACAGGUUGAAUACAGAAAGAAUUUUGUCAAAUCACAUGGACACUUUGGCAUUUGACACUUCAGCUGAUGUACCAUUGAAGUGCAAGUCCUCUCCAUCAUCACCAAUGAAAACAGCCUACAGGAUGGAUCGGUCUGCUUUAUCCUGUGAUCACAGAUUUCCAGAAGUCUUCACAGGAGGAAGACGCAAGAGUGCCAUGGCCCUACGCUGGGAGGCAGGGGAGUUUUCAAAAAAUGACUGAAGAGGAACAAGUCAAAAGUUGGCCAUAUAAGGGCAUUGAAUGUCAGUGUUGUUCUCGUUCAAGUUAGAUUCAGCAUUGCAAUUGUUUGUUUCAUGUUGUGACAUAACCUGAACUCUCUGCUUUUGUGAUGCUUUUGGGCAAAAAUAGCAAGACACUAAAUCAUGCAGUAUGGACAGUUUAAAGAUACAUGGACAUGGAUAGCACUUGAUUCUGGACAGAGGGUGUACAUUAUUUUUCGAAACCCACCCAGUUCUGACAUGUCCUCAUCAUGUCUGAAUCAACACUCACACCCGGAAGGCUGCUGGUUUCAGCUCGUAUAGGCUGCAGCUGCUGCUAUUGUUGUAGGGGUAAAGUAAUGUUUAUUAAAAGAGUGACUACAACUGUGCCAACAAACACUUGCCAUUUAAACAAAAUUAUUAUGAAAACAAUACUAAUAUUUUAAAUUGUGGCAAGUGGUAUAAAUAGAAUAAUACUCUCAUCUUUGUAGGAAUUAAAAUGAUAUAGCCACUGAGACAAACCCAGGUAAUUAUGUAUAAUGCAAUAAUAUUCAAUAACUGUAUGCCUCUUUGUCGAUCAUUCCUUGCCUAUUGACUGGAUCCAGGAGUUCAGAACUUAAAAAAGACUUUGACCGGAAGAAAAAAGAUUUGUUACUCCCUAUUGGGCUUUUAUAAGCUUAACACAGUACUCACAUGCCAUAUAUAUAUAUUGAAAGAGCUGUUGGUCGUUGAAAUCAUAACGUACAGCUGAAACUGUAAAACUAUGAGGCUUCAGCAAUGUGACCCAGACAAGUCAAUUGAGUUUAGGUUUCUUGUGACUAUAACACUGUCUUUAUUGUAUCCACUUUAUGAUGGAGUUUCUGCAGAGUAGCCCUUAAUUGAUGUUAUUUUUAUAGUUUGAAGCCAACUAGAUGUCUGUUUGGAGUAAGGGCUAUUGUUGGGUUGAGAUGAAAUGGUAUUAUUGAUUUUUGGGGUCACUUGGGGCAGCAGAAAAUAACUAUGAACAAUACAUUGGUAUAUUGUUAUGAUAAAUGGUCGGUAUUUAGAAAGCGCUUUUCUAGUCUUGAUGUCCACUCAAUGCGCAAUUUACCCAUUCACACACACAUUCAUACAGUGCAUCUAUUUGCAGCACUUUUCUCUAUGAGAUCUUGCAUCUUAUGGUUAUGGUAUGGUAAACAUUUGCCUAAUCAAUAACAUAGAAGUCACUGAAUUGUUUGGUGCUGGGCUGAAAGUGUACGGUGGAUUCAUUAUAGCUUUUACAGUGAAAACCUUUAAUCAAAUCUCUAUGACUGAAGUUUUGGCCAGGAGAAGAUGUGGUAGCCUCCAACUGUCCAAUGUUCCAAUUGUUGGAAUCAUCUGUAGUGGGUGGGUCCGCAGUGAUGGCCAAUCAAUGCCUGCCUCUACUUUGAUAUAUCACCAACAACAAACCUACCUGUAACUUCAGGCUCCAGAAGUAUCUCUCUGCUGCGGCUUAGCCAGAAAACCAGAGAGAUUAGCGUCAUAUUAGGUUCAGUUUCACUUUAGAAAUUAUAAUACUUUUUUAUUCCCCCAAAAAAUGGAUUUUGAAUCCCAUUACUCAGAAACGUCGUGAUGACCAAUAUGUUCACAAAGAAUGAUUACAUAAACCCAAAACUUAUAAUAUAAUAUAUAACACAAUAUAUAACAUAAAACACAAUAUAAUAUGGCAUGUGGCUAUUGUAUUGAUACUCACUUGAAGAAGAAUUUACUUUAUAUAAAAGAUGAUUAUUAUUACAUUAUUUGCUGACAGUAAACCGAAGGUUUUUGCCAGACAGCUGUAUGCUAAGAUGCCUAAAUGUUAGACUACUGUAUUGUUGAGUCCACUCUUUGCUUAACCUUUCUGGACAUUAUAAAUGUAAAUCGGAUUUGAAAACAUAUUUUGAUGUUAUUGUAUGUCUUGAUAAAACCAAUGCUACAUUGCUCAGUGUAAAUUAAUUGCAUUUUGGUACAUGUUUUUUGCUGCAAAUGAUUUCAGGGUGAGCUGGAUUAACAAAAAUCUGCACAAUAUACUGAACAUAUUAUACCCAUACCUUUACUCACACAAAUACUACAAUACAUGUUUUAGUGAGAAUAAAUAUAUAUGUGCAUUUCAGUUUUGUCACUUCCCCACCCUACCUGUCUCUAUUUAAGACCAUUUGAAUAGUCUAUCUGUACAAGCUCCACAUUAUUCUGUAAAACGUGGGACAAUCCAAUAUGCACUGGUAUUUGUGACAGUGCUGCCACUGCACUAAGUGCUAGAGAACCAAUAAGACUUCACAGAAUGUUGACUCCCAUUAACUGAAAUGCUCUGGAAAUUUCAAUUAAUAGAACACAUGAAAGUAUUUUAUUCUUUAUACAAAAGUUCUAUGAAUGAAUGUUUACUCAUAUAGAUUGAGACAACACUUACAUAUACUUCAAUUCUUUCAACUUUUAUGUAACGGGACAUUUUUAGGCAGGUUUUUCUUUUUUAAAGCAUUGUGUUUCACUUUAAUGUGAAUAGCAUGACAAAAAUCAGAAGUUUUUUUACUAUCUGGUAUCUGCUCAUUUUCAAUAAAGGAAUGUUUAUCAUUAUUCCCGAAGCCUUGAUAUUUCCAGCUACUCUGAAAAGCAUCUAGUUAGAGCUUGGUACUUUACUUCAGAUAACUGACCUUAAAUAGCAUUGUUUUACAUGUCAUGUUUGUAUGCUUCAUGGUUAAAGUAUAGCUUACAAAUCUCAAAGAUUACUUGCUGAUGUUUAAAUAUUCUGUGAAAAGCCCCUGCCUGGAUUUUUGUGGUUUAUUAUGCAGGGGAUUUUCAUUUUGUUUUCCUCAUGCAAGUAUUAAAGAAAUUAGUGCAACAAUAAAAGGUGUUUAAGAAGAA